AUGAGUACAAAUUCAUGUUCAUUACCAAGAAUGGUUUCAUUAGAUUGGAGAAUGGAUAUCAAAACCUCAUCUGAUGUUAUGUCAAGAAUGAACGUACCAAGUGUUUUAUUUAAAUUAGAAGUCGAAGAUAAAAAUACAGAUAAAAAAUUAAAUCAAGAAGAAGACGAUGACGAAAAAAAAACCAAAACUGUUAUUUUUGAAUUAAAUAAAGAAACUAUUAAUACAAUGUUAGAAAGUUUAGAAUUUGUCAAAAAUCAAUUAGAUUCAAUUAAAUAA